CCGUAUGUUUAUGAGUCACACGUUUUCUAAAGAUGUGAUAUGGAUAUUUUAUAUCAACCUGUAGUGCUUUUAAUAUGUGUUCUGUUAUACAUUGUUGCCGCUAACCAGAGCACUGAAGCAGUUUGCAAGAGUAGUUUAGCAUGUGACCAAGGUUGGUACAUAACGGAAACAGGUCAGUGUAUUCAACUCCAACCAAAUACCACCGACAGUGCAACAGAAGCUGGCGACACAUGCGAAAAGUUAAACGCGAAAGUGAUCAGGAAAGAACAGGCCAAUUCCACUGUACAGUGCUUAACAGGUCUGCUACAAAAUGUUACCGUUAAACAUGUUUGGUGGAUCCUGCAGCGAAAUUCGUCCUACUCGUGUGGGUAUACCGACUACUCACAGAAUAAGGCGCAAAACUUCAACUGCAGAACUAAGAUCAAAGUGAAAAAACACGUCGUGUGUGAAAAAGAUGUUCAGUAUAUUGCUAACACUACAGUUUCCACGGUAACGAGCAAUACGAAAUCACAAGCUUGCCCGGAUGUACAACUAGACGUUGUCUUUAGUCUCGACCUUAAUAUCCUUACUGAAGAAAAGUUCCACAUCAUUAAAGAAUUCAUCAAAUUUGUCUUGAACAGAACAAACAUAGACAACGAUAAAGUUAGAGUUGGAUUAAAAACAUGCAACAGAAUAUUCGUACACUUGAACACGUACUCAUCGAAAAAGUCAUUCUUUGAGACAUUGGACGCAACACGUCUACAACAAUAUCGGGACAUUAUUAGAGGAAACGAUGACGAAGAUGCGUUCGCUGAAGAGAAUGGGGACAGGCCGGAAAUCGUUAAUUCUCUAAUUGUAAUCAGUUCGAAAAAUGCUAAUGUAUGCUCAAUCACCGAUGAUGUUGUGUACGAUACAAACGAUGAUGAUGCUACCAAGGAAGAUGAUGUUGUAAUUCUUGAAAGGAAGUUCUUGGACUUUCUGUCACCAAUAUCCGUGCUGCAGUACGAGUAUAAAGAUCUGCAAUCUUUAUUUGAUGACAGAUUUAAUAUGUCUAUAUUGUGUACACAAGAGCAAGAGUCGAUCUCUACAACACCGACUACAACACCGACUACAACACCGACUACAACACCGACUACAACACCGACUACAACACCGACUACAACACCGACUACAACACCGACUACAACACCGACUACAACACCGACUACAAUACCGACUACAACACCGACUACAACACCGACUACAACACCGACUACAACACCGACUACAACACCGACUGCAACACCAAUUACAACACCGACUACAAUAGAAAGGACUUCCCCUAUUACAACAAAACGAAGUGAAGCAUCUGAAACAACGACCACUACUACAACUGUUGCAACACCCCAAACUAUUAAGGAAAUAGAGCUACCUAAUAUAACAUUACCAACAACAGCCCGUAGUACUACAACAGCAACAUCCUCGACAACACUAACCCCGACGACAACAAGAACAAGUACUACUACACAAAAGGAAGGUAACGUUACGAGACUUUGCCAGUCCAACAGACAGUGGGGUCCUAUAAACUUAAGCAACUGUACGGCCGUGCAACUUUUUAACGCCAUUCAACAGAUAAAACACUUACAGGACGUCACAGACAGCUCUCGAAAAACUGAAACCAUUUCUAAUGUGACUACUUUAGUUACUCAGUCGCUACCCGCUUCAGCAAAAAUUAUAUCGGGAGAUAUAAAAUCUGUUGUCAACAUUUUGAGCGAAAUAGGCAAGGCAACCGAUGAUACCUCAGUCAGUAUAAGCCAAGAUACAUUAAAGAAAGUAGCUAACAUCACCGACAAGAUCAUCUCUGCUGACCAACGGGAGUGGGUGGACACAAACACUGAGACAACUCACGGGGACACAGGGAACAAGCUCAUCAUCGCAAUGGAGGAGGUGACCAAUACGUUUAUGAGAAACAUGACGGGUGAUGAAGUAUACAUAGUCGAACAAAAUGUCGCUAUCAAAAUAGAUAGAGCUAGAGACCAUAUUGAAUUUCCUCCCAAAAAUUCAAACCAAAACAAUCAAGAAAAAUGGGUAGAGACAACUGGAAACAAAAUUUUUCUCAACAAGACAGCUUUUAAUGAAAAUGCCACAUAUUCUAUCAUUAUCUACAGAAAUGUAUCGGAUAAAUUUCAGGCAAAAUUUUCCGACGAAAUACGUCCCGAGUCUAAUGUGGCGACGACCUACAUUUCAUCUGACGUCAUUUCCUUUAGUUUGAGUCAUGAAUACACAAAACUUAGCACUCCUGUAGAAUUGACGUUUUACAUAAACAAGAAAAACGUCACUGAUCCAAUUUGUUCAUUUCUUAACACAACACGGAACGAGUGGUCCACUGAGGGAUGUAUAAGGACAAUGUUUGAUGGCAAUAUCACAAAGUGUAGCUGUGAUCAUCUGACUAACUUCGCCGUUCUCAUGAGUAGCCACAACCUUGAGUCCAUCCAUCAUGAAAUAAUCAGCAGAAUAUCUUAUGUGGGCUGCAUCAUUUCAAUCAUCUGUUUGGGCACAACAGUGUGUGUGUAUUUUGUACUCUGGAGAUACGUUAAAAGCGAUCGAUCGGUUCUACAUUUGAACCUGAGUAUAACGUUAGCCAUUGGGUACAUUAUUUUCCUGAUUGGUGUCAACGAAACAAAAAACAAGGUUGGUUGUACGAUAGUAGCUGCGUUACUGCACUACAUUUUCCAGACGGUGUUUUUCAUCAUGUUGGCCCAGGGUCUUCUCAUACUUAAGUCGGUCACGUCAGUCAAACAGACCUCCAUCCUUAAGUAUCUCAUAGCCAUGAUGUACGGAGCUCCGCUUAUUAUUGUGGUUAUCUCCCUUGCAUCAACACAAACUGUAGGAUAUGGGACGGAUCGAGCUUGUUGGUUGUCCCCUGAAAAUGGCGUUAUUUGGGCUUUCGCUGGACCCGUUAUGCUAAUCUUGCUGUUUAACUUCAUCAUCCUUUUCAUUGUGUUGAGAGUCAUGCAGGGUUCUCGUGUUAUGAUGGACAAAGAUCUUAAACAGAGAACGAAGUCAGUGAUGUGGUCAAUCCUGGUGCUAUCCCCCAUACUAGGCGUCACCUGGGUUUUUGGCAUCGUGUCCAUCAGUAGCGAUAACCCCGUGUUCCAUUACCUGUUUGCAUUGUGCAACUCCUUACAGGGCUUGUCCAUCUUUAUCUUCCAAUGUGUGCUACAGUACCAGGUAAGAGAUGGUAUCAAGUCGUUACAUCGUCGAAUCACGGCAUCAUCCAUGGAUUACAGUCAGAAGUACAGCAAUGUCUCUAGCGGCGGGGUAUGUUCAAUUUAAGAAAAGUACUCAUUGUUUUUAG